CGUCCGAGGUGCUGCGGCCCGAGUGCGCGAGAGGCAGGCGACGUUGCGGUGUUCUCUCGUUUGGGCGCCCUGCCGAGGAUACCAAGUCGCCCUCUUAGUGGAGACGAGAUCCAGCAGAAUGAGUCAAUCUCCGCGGCGAAGUGUGAACAAUGGGGCAUCCCCAGUUCACGAGAGGUCGAGAGACCCCUCCUUUUCCCGCUCGAGAUCACGCUCUGGAGAUCGUCGUGACAACUACAAACAUUCAUCAAGGUGUUCUGGCUCCCCGCGUUACCGUGAGGACCGCUAUCGUGAUGAUAAAUACUCUUCAUCACGUCGUAGAUAUUCACGUUCCCCAUCUUACUCUAGAAACAGAAGGAGUAACAGGUCCCGAUCAAGGUCUCCGAUGUCUAAUCGCCGCCGCCAUCAUGGCAGAGAGGACCCACCACCAAGUAGUUGCCUUGGGAUCUUUGGACUUAGUCUCUACACAACAGAGAGGAAGCUCCAUCACCUCUUCAGCAAAUAUGGUCCUAUCAACAAAGUUCAAGUUGUGCUAGAUGCUAAAACUAGUCGAUCUAGAGGAUUUGCUUUCAUCUACUUUGAUCAUGUGGACGAUGCCACAGAAGCCAAGGAGCAGUGCACUGGCAUGGAGAUUGAUGGAAGAAGGAUCAGAGUAGAUUAUUCCAUCACAGAGAGAGCCCACACACCCACUCCUGGCAUAUACAUGGGUCGACCAACAUAUUCAAGCUAUGGUCGACGAGGUGGAGGCGGAGGCGGAGGUCGCCAUGGAGGUGGAGGAUAUGGAAGUGGCAGUCGAAGUCGCCGCUCUCCUUCAUACCACAGAGGCCCUCCUCCACGACGCUCAUACCGCUCACGUUCUCGUUCAUACUCUCCACGUCGCUACAGCCGGUAUUGAGGUGUUGGUGCCACUUAAGUUUAGUUAUAACUGGAAAAAUAGACUAUAUUCAAUGUAACUAGCCGUUCUAAUUGGAUAGAAGUGGGCCAAUAGUGAUAUAUUUUUAUCCUCUUAGAAUGACACUUUAUAAAUAUAGUUGUUUGUUUUUCCAAGUUUAUAAGACAUAGAUUUAAGGACCAUAGCUGGCUCAUUGCACCAGCACUUUUUCUAUGUACUGAAGAACAAAUAUUCUUUAGAAUUUAGUGAUGUUCUUUCCACCAGUUAGCUGGAGAUUUUUCAUUGAAAGAAUCUGAAAUGAAGAUCUUUUUGCUUUGUUACUAGAAGGAAUAAAAUGUAUAUAUUUUGAGAAUGAAAGGAAAGUGAAUUUAUUUUCAAGGGUAGAAGUAGCAGACCUUUAUAUAGCUACAGUAUGUUGAGCACAUUCUUUUUCUUUCCAAGCCUAUUUUUCUCCCCCAAAAAUAUAUGAUUAUUUUUAUUAGUGUUUAGAAUGACAAAGGUCUAACCAGUGAUCUGAAAAGGAUUAACAAGUGAUGCAAGGAGAGGAAGUUUGACAGGCAUUAGUUCUCUUUAUUCAUUUAGUCAUUUUACAGUAAUAUUAAGUAUGUUUGUGAAGUGUGAUGGGUGUUUUUACAGCAUUAGUUUAGGUUUUGUAGGCAUUUACAAAACACUUUGCUCAUGAGAUUGCCAUAGCUUUUGUAUCCUGAUAUGGUACACUUAUUUGCUCUUGAUAAUAUUAUGGUUUCCCCUUUUCUUCUCAUGAAUUUUAUAUAAUUUCAAUAGCCAUUUUAGUGUUUUUUCAGUGGCUAUGUAAAUGUAAUGUUAAAAAUGAUGAAAUAUGAUUCAAGAGAUUUGACCCAUGUUUAGACUAGAUGUAGUUUUAAAAAGAAAUUACUUGAGUUGUAGUUUAAGUCUGUGUACAUGAGGAGAUUUUUUGUGGUUCUCUCUACAAAUAAAACAAUUCUUAACGC